CUGAUGUAGUUUGUCAUAUGGGUUAUAAUAGUUGCCUCAAAAUUUUGAUUAUAUGAAGUUUUAUGGUUUGUGUUGGGUGAAUUUAUUGAAAUUGGAUAGCAUGGGAUGCUAAAGGCUGGACCUUUUUUGGGGGUUUUAGGUUAUGUAUUACUUUAAGUAUAUCAGCCGGAAUUUUGUUUUCUAGGAUUGAGCUUUUUAUCAUUUAAAGAAUAGCUCAGAUUUUGUUAGUGGCUUCAUUUUCUUGGGACUGUGAUUUGGUUGUUUUGGGAGAGGGAGUGAUAGAUCAUGGAGGCUCGAGUUUCAUCAGGCUUGCAAUUACCCAAUUGGGUAAGCGCGGAAAAGAUUGCAAGAAAGCCGGCUGGCUCGUUGCAGCUCUUCCGAAAGUAUGGGGGGCAACGGCUGUAUCAUGUGCCAGUUACUCGUUGUGCACGUGCUAAAGAACGAUUCCAUGGAUUUGUGACUUUGAAGGUCUCGUGUGUUUCUGAAAACCAUAAAGCUUCGGUGCUGGAAUCUAAAAGUUCUCCAGCUUUCCUUGAGGAAUCAGAAAUCAUAAAGAGUAAAGCCGAAGAGGUUGAACCAAAUCUAGAUGGACGUUCCUUAUAUCUUGUUGGAAUGAUGGGAUCUGGGAAAACAACGGUGGGCAAGGUUUUGUCAGAAGCCCUUCGAUAUUCCUUUCUUGAUUGUGAUGCACUGAUAGAGGAUGCUGUUGGUGGAAGUACUGUGGCCGAUAUAUUCAAGAUACACGGGGAGAGCUUCUUUAGAGAUAAUGAGACUGAAGUGCUGAAGAAGUUGUCUUCGAUGCAUCAAUUAGUUGUUUCAACAGGCGGAGGUGCAGUUGUACGCCCAGUCAAUUGGAGACACAUGAGAAAGGGUAUUAGCAUUUGGCUGGACGUGCCUUUGGAAGCCUUAGCUCGAAGAAUUGUAGCUGUUGGAACUGGUUCUCGUCCCCUGUUGAAUCAUGGAGAUGGAGAUCCUUACACUAAGACCAUGAAGCGACUAUCUACCCUUUUCGAACAGAGGGGUGAAGCGUAUGCCAAUGCUGACGUGAGAGUCUCUCUUGAAAACAUGGCGGCCAAACUUGGAUAUGAAGAUGUAACCGACAUUUCUCCAACUGCAAUUGCCAUUGAGGCGCUUAUACAAAUCGAGCAUUUCUUGACGGAAUAAUUGAGAAGUCAUCGUGUUUGAAUGUUGUUGUAUAUUAUUAUGUGAGGCAAAUGUUGUGUCGAUUUUUCAGCUGCUAGACAUGGCAUGAAUAAAUGGGGGAGACCUUUGGGCUCCAUCAAGUAGAGUUUGGCUCAUGUUUGUUGUAGUGAAUUUUAACUUGAUAUUGUUUCCCUUUGUAAUUGUUAUCAACUUGUAUUUUCAUUAAAUUUUGCAGAAUUCUGAUCUCAAA